AUGGCUUUUUUUUUUGAAGUGGAUGCUUCAUCAUUGGCAAGCAGUAUUGAAUUAAAUGAUGCGCUUGUAGAUUCGGAAUGGUUCUCUCCAGGUGAAAUUCAUUCAAUAAUACCAACCGGAAAUAAAUGGAGUAAACGGAAAAGGAAAAUAGAAGCAAAUAAAUUUCAUGAUAAUACACAUUCAAAUUGUUUAUUUUAUAUGCGUUGGUAUGAAGCAUAUAAAAUUCGUGCUUUAAAACAGCGAUUUGUAAGUUUGCUUGCUAUUUGA